AUGUCUGUUGGUGGCAUUACCUUCGCGGGUGAAACGCCGCUGAGAAAGUCGAAACUUGAGAGCAGCACCCAUGAGUUGCCGUUGGGGUCGGUUGUCGCGCCGGAGAAGGUGAGUUGGGCGAAGAGGGCAUUCCCUCCAGGAGCAGCCGCGGAGGAGAAGGCUGAUUUACGGAAGAGAAAGAAACUUGGUACACGGGUGAGCGAGAAUGGCCAAUGA